AACUGUGUAUUAUAAGAUUAGGUUGUUUCUGUAAUGUGUCCGCUUUAAUAUGCAACGAAAUUAUUCAGCAUUCAAAUAUAUGAAAUUGAAAGAGAUGUCUCUCAAGUUUUGCAGUUAAUUUCAACAUUAUUUGAAAUGUAUGCGAAUGGAAGUUAAAGUAAUGAUAAAGUUAAAUUGGUCAUGGUGUAUUUUUCCAAAGAGAUUUAAAUUUCAGGAUAAUGGAUCUAGAUUUAUGUCAAAAUUUCCAGAUGGCGAAAGUCAUAAUGAUUCAAAUUCCAAUUCAAAAGACAAAAAUAAAAAGAAGCAUUCUGACAAGGAUGCUAAAAUUACAAAAGCACUGUUGCUAAAUGAUAUUACAGUACCAACAAAUUGCUGUAUGUCUGGAUGUGCUAACUGUGUAUGGAUCGAAUAUGCUGAAAAGCUGAGCUCUAUACUCAAGCAUAGUUCGGACGAUGUUCAAAAAGUAAUCAUGGAAAAAGUUCAAGAUCCUAAUAUGAGAGCAUUCUUAAUAUCGGAAUUGAAGGUACGAAUGUAGAUACCAAUGUAAAUGUUAGAAAUAUAAAUAGUGAAAAUAGACAAACAGUCUGUGUGACGUUCAUUUUCUAUGAUUGCAGUAAGUGCAGAUUCAUGUGGCUGACCUUGCAGUAAACAAAUAAGGAAGGACUUGAUUUUCCUCAAUCUAUAGAUGUAUAUAUAUGUAUAUAUAUAAAUAUAGCAUUUUAUUUAAUGUACGCGACAUGCAGU